AUGACCUCGCGUAUCGAGAAGACCAUUGCUCGUCAGCGAGAAAAAAUUGCCUCCGGUGCUUACUACGAAGCGCACCAGCAACUGCGUGUCAUCGCUGCGCGGUACAUCAAACAAGCAAACUACGAUGCGGCGGCGGAACUCCUGGCUGGCGGUGCGACCGCUCUUCUGAGGGCCGGAUCUCAGCAAGGAGCUUCCGCUAGUGGGGGGGACCUAGCUAUUAUGCUAGUUGUCGAGGUGUUUACCAAGGCAGGCUGGGAGAUCACGGGAGGGGAUGAUGAUACAGAAGGCCGUGCUCGAAAGAAGCUCCUAAUCGAACUCUUACACGAGUUUCCACCCGGCGAACCUACCCGGAAACGCUUCAUCCAGGAGAUGAUCGGCUGGAGUAGUCGGUAUGGGCCUUUGCAGAGAGGGGACCCUGAACUGCAUCAUGCAGCUGGAUUGACUUACGCUGAUGACCAUGAACCGUAUGACGCCGAGAAGCAUCUGGUUUUUGGAACACCCGAAUCGGCCGAGGCUCUGGCAAAACUGGAGUAUGAAUGGUACACAAGCGACGACCCGCAUACGGCGGCGAUUUACGCAUCACGCGCAGUUUUCCCUUACCUUUUGACGGGGAAUCUUCGCGGUGCCAACAAAGCUCUCCUUGUUUUCCGAUCACGACUUUCCUCCAACCCUACUCUUGGCUCACAAGAGGUCAGCAGUGCGAGCUCCGAUGUACAAGUCUUCCCUGCAUUGCCAUUGGUGAAUUUCUUAAGCAUGCUGCUCCUUACGAUCCAACGUGGUAGUGCAGACGUCUUCAAACAGCUCACUUCACACUACGCGGCACAAAUUCAAGAAGUUGGCAUUUGGGAUGAUGCAUUGACGCAGAUUGCCGAGCAGUACUUUGCAAUCAAAGCCCCAAGGCAGGGCAAUCCUUUGUUGGACAUGAUGGGUAGCAUGUUGUUUGGAGGAGGUCAAGGUCAAGACGGGGCAGGUGGCCGGAGGUUGCCUCAAGGUCGAGGGGGACAGUCAAGGGGGGUUGAGGUGCCUCCAGCGAGUAUGGAUCUUGAUUAG